ACGACCCGCCACAGUACCGGCGACACACUCUCUCUGGGCUGUUGGCUCCAAACGCAAUAGUGUGUAAUGUUGUGUGUCAGUGUGUAUUUGCUAUGUACGCAACCGGCCGUACGUACGACGACCGUACAGCUUUGAGAAGCUGUGUUGUUAUUGAGGUUGCACGGAUAUAUUCGGGCAACGUUGCCUGUAACUAGAUUUUUACAAGAUGGCCACACCGGCAACUUCAUUUUUUGGUCGACAAGUAGACUUGAAUCCCGUGAGAGAUAGUGGAAUGGACGCACAUGGGCAUACAUUUGGGAAAAAGACAUUUCAUAAGCCAACAUUUUGCCACCAUUGUACGGAUAUGUUGUGGGGUUUCAUUGGGCAAGGUUACAUAUGUGAAGUUUGCAACUUUGUGAGCCAUGAUCGAUGUACAGAAGCCGGUAUUUCGCCAUGUGCAACAAUAGCAGCAGACAGAAUAAAGGAUCCUGUUCCACAUACAUGGUCAGAUCCAGGGCACUUCAGGAAGAAGUUCUGCAAUGUUUGUAGGAGGAGAUUAGAUGAUGCCUUGUCACUACACUGUGAAGCCUGUGAAUACUAUACUCACCUUGGUUGUUUAGAUUUUGUUGUGAGCAACUGCAUACGCUUCAUUGCUUAUGAUGAAAGUAAAGAACUGGAUAAAAUCACAGUAUAUCACCAUUGGCGGGAGGGAAAUCUUCCGACCAACAGCCGAUGUCUUGUAUGCAAGAAGUCGUGUGCAACCCAUGAGUGUUUGGCUAGUAUGAAGUGUGAAUGGUGUUGGGCAACGGCGCAUUCAGGAUGUUUCAAAUCUCUUAUGAGGGAGUGUGACAUGGGUCCAAUCCGUGAGCUUAUUAUACCCCCCUGGGCCGUCUCAAUGCCUGUCACUAUGAACAUGGUCAAAGGAGACAUUGUAUCCAGGAUACAAGCUCUUAAAACUGACCUGCAAAAUCAACAGCGGCGGCACCUGACACCGCAGACUCCCAACGGAGCCAGGAGAGACGUGGGGGAGGCCGCACUCUCCGCUGCCAAUCCGAGGCUGCUACGCACACCGCGACAGACCCACAGGUCUAGCACUUCAUCGCCGGUCCUAUCCCGAUUAAAAGUCAAAGUCAAACGGAGCGAGUCUUUGUCAAAUUUGUUGGCCACUGCACGAAGGAAUAAAAACUUCCAGAAUCUAAAAAAUGCCCGUCAUAGUCUAGAUUCCCUCACCCUCAGUACAGUCCCUGCUAUAUCCUCUCCUCUCACCACCACCACCACCACCACGGCCCCACCGUCCUCUAGCAACCCAUCCCGUUCCUUGGACCCAUCCCCCACCCACCGUGCCAAGCUAAACCUCCCUCAGCUGAACGCUGCCAGCAAAUCUCAGGGGUCGUCUCCUACUUCCCCUCGUACCCUAUCCCCCAGUCUCUAUCUGCCCAAGUCCUCCUCACCCACAAAGGGACCCAGACCAAAGUCAGCCGUUCCCUGCAUGCAGUCAUCCUCAAAGGGUUUUGGCUCCAAGAUGAAGUCAUCCAAGUCAUUUGACGGAGGGCUGACCUCUCCCGAUGUCUUCUUCUCCUCCUCCAAGCCCACCUCUCUCUCCAACCCCCACUUGUCUGAGCCAACAGAUGACGAGGAGCAAUCGGUCAAACCAACAUUGCUCUCGCAGGCUCUACCAUUGCUGAAUAAGUACAAACAUGUUGAGAAUGAUUCUAAGGGCUUAUAUCCCCAAACGAACUUGCAGAGUUCAGCCAUGACCAAAGACCAAAAAACAAGGGCUACAUCUUCAAACCAAAGCUCUGUAUCAGGAGAUCUUAUGACUCAUGUGGACACUACCCCCAGACCUACUAAUGGUGUUGGUGACUCUGUCUUUGUAGACCCCUUUAUCUCUGAAGACCCAUCACAAUCCUAUUGUUCUCAUGGGAUGAUGGUCCUCUCCCCUACCUCCAUUUCCGACCAUAGUCCCCCUCCCACUCCGACCAUAGCACCAAUCCCGACCCACCCCCCUCUUACCCGCAUCUCUGCAUCCACGUACCGCACCCAUACCCAGGGGCGGCGGUCCGCCUCUGACUCCGGUUUGGACCAAAGCACCUCUGAGUUUGUUGGUGAUGAUGAUGGUGAUGAUGAUGAUGCAUGCCUACUUCAGCGGAAUGGAGCAGUGCGGGGCAGGCCCCUGUCCACUCAAAUUAUCUGUUCAGACUUUAUAGGUUCAUCUGCACAAGAUGGAAACUCUGAUCUUAGACUCAAGGAGGAAUAUGGUUCAGAAGAUGGUCAUUUAGUGCGACUGUUUGACGGACCAGCCUCCUUAGAGAAGGGGUCGUAUCAUCUCAUCUGUGUUGCCAAGGAUACCACCAUGAAACAGCUGACAGAAACGGCAAUGAGGUCAUUCUACAUUGCUGACAAUGCUGCUCAAUAUUACCUCACAGAAGUAGCAGAAUCAGGUAAACAUGGUUCCCAGACUGUGGAGAGAAGACCCAAAGACAGUGAGACUGUUCAUCAACUGUGUAAACACCACCCUACGAAGAUUCCAUCAUUCAUUCUCAAAUACCAGGGAGGUGAUGCAAAGAAGGGGAUCAUCAAAGUGUAUCCUGGCAACUUAGAUGCUCCAGUGCCUGUUGAGUUUACAUCCAUCUCAAUCACCAGCUAUAUUUCAGUGGAGGAGAUCAUUGACAUGUCCUUGCAUAAAUUUGGCCUUGAGGAUGAAGAACCUGUUCAGUACUCUUUAGUUGAGAUGAUCAUGGAUCAUGAGUUACAAGAGAGAGCCAUGGAGCGAGAUGAGUGUCCAUGGACUCAACUUCUCAAAGCACGCAAGAACUCUCUACGGAGAAUGCAGAAGACACGAUACUACCUUCACAAGAAGGACAAGUGUGCAUGUCAUCAAGGAGCUCAGAUGUUUGUUGGGAACCUUCCCAUCAAUCUCUCAGAGCACAAGUAUGCACACAUCAUCAGGAACCUGCUAGAAGAAGCCAAUUGCAAGGUCUUCAAUGCAGUGAACAAUGUAUACGAGCAAUAUGGAGCAGCAAUAGUCUGUUUCAAAGACCCUGAAGUAGCGAUCAAAGCCUUCUAUGUUCUCAAGGAUCAGUCGUAUGACGACAGGCCACUCACUGUUCUCUUCAUUCCAGAAAUUCAUUCUGAGGCACUUAGUGAGGAUGCCAUCCCGUUGCUGGUCUUUGUCAACAUAAAGAGUGGCGGUUGCCAAGGAGCCGAGGUGAUGGACUGCUUCAAGAAGAUGCUCAAUCCACUCCAGGUCUUUGAUCUGGACCAGGGAGGACCCUUACCUGGCCUACAUGUUUACAGUCACUUGAAGGAAUACCGGAUCCUCAUCUGCGGCGGAGAUGGAACUGUAGGUUGGGUACUCCAAUGUCUAGAUGACAUCGGCCAGGAAUCUGUCUGUAGCUCUCCCGCCAUCGCAAUACUGCCAUUGGGAACAGGUAACGAUCUAGCGAGAGUUCUGAAGUGGGGCGGUGGUUACCAGCAAGGAGAAGACCUGUUUGCUAUGCUCAACUGUGUGUUAGAAGCAGAAGAGGUCAAACUAGACAGAUGGACGGUGAUCUUCGAGCCGAGCGAACAAGGUCCAGGAGGGAAGUACAUCGACGCAGACAACAAAUCCAACUCAUCCAACAGCAGCUCUAGCAAUGAUGAAAUGCCCAACAUGUUUGUGAUGAAUAACUACUUCAGUUUGGGCAUUGACGCCGACUUGUGCCUAGGAUUCCAUAUGGCAAGGGAAGAAAAGCCAGAGAAAUUCAAUAGCAGAUUGCACAACAAGAGUGUGUACUUCAGACUUGGUAUGCAGAAGCUAGGUAGGAGAACCUCAUGCAAGGAACUCAACAAAGAGAUCAGGAUUGAGGUUGAUGGUAAAGCUGUCAACUUACCAACGCUUGAGGGCAUUCUCAUCUUGAAUAUAUCAAGCUGGGGAUCAGGUGCAGAUGCCUGGGGAAUAGACGGACAGGACAACUCAUUCUCCAAGUGUCGCCAUGACGACGGGAUGCUGGAGCUGGUAGGAAUGACGGGUGUGGUCCAUAUGGGUCAGAUCCAGAGUGGACUCCGGUCAGGUGUUCGCCUCGCCCAAGGAGCUUCGAUCCGGAUCACAAUGAACACUGACAUGCCGGUACAGGUAGAUGGAGAACCCUGGAUGCAGCUUGCUGGACAAGUAGUGGUCUGUCGGUCAGCCUUGCAGGCUACAAUGCUGAAGAAGUCAAAAUCCAAGAUCAAACGCCGAAACACAGAACCUGCACUCCCAAACAGCCAGGAGGCUGCUGCUGGCGCUGCAGGUCAGAAGCGAGAUCAGCAGGGUCGUCUGACGGCGAUGAAGAGUGACGAGACGACGAACCAAGUUUGAGCGGCGCCAAAUAUCCUAGGUCCUUUUUAUUUUGUUCCCCUUCUCCUGCAGAUUAGGGUAGUACCCAUUCCUUGUUGCGAGAUGCUCGCAUCAUUCUUAGAAAGUAGUGUCAGUGACCACUGGACGGAAUUCCAAGAGAGUUGGAUCUAGUCCGAAGCGGUAGAUGUAGACGGUGUGGAGGGAAAGGAGUCAUAUAAUUUAGUCGCCUUGGAAAUCUUUCUUUCCUCGUAGUCAUAAGAUGUUUAUUUCUCCUGACAGACAAAAGUACUGUAAGAUUAAGCAUCACACAAAUUUCGCCUAAGUACACCUUAGUAGUUUUUUUAGUUAGUUAAAGCAUUACGUGAGCUCUUGGUCAAUCUUAGAGGAGGUACCCAGAUUCGAUUACUCUCGGAGUGGUGAGUGAUGGUUACCGUUGAGGAGCAAAGAUGCCAUCUUCUGGUGGUGUUUGGAGACAGAAAGGAGAAAUUUUGAGAUGAUAAGGCAAGGAUGCUAGCCAUGAUGUUGUGUCACCAAGAUCAACAACAGUGACUGAUGUGAUAAAAGUGAUUAUUUGAGGAUUUCAUAAUAAUUGAAAUCAAUACUGGGUACUUGUUGGAGGGUGUGUACAGGUGGUCUUUAGGGGCCUAAUGAUGUACAGGACCAGGGAUGUUGAUGAAAAGAGAGAUCUUGUUAAAGGGGAUCGACUACGGUGUCCCCUUGCAAGGGAAUUCUUUCUUUGAUGAUGGUGAUUACCAACCACCGAACAGUUGACAUCACAUCAUAGGAGAGAUAGUUUUCUUGCAUCUCUCCACAGCAGAAUCAUCCAAAACAGACACAUCUCGAUAUCCAACUAUUCUGACAAAUGUUCGAUCCUUGCCUCCACAUCUUUCUUUAAUGAGGCCAACUUUUAAAUAGGAAUGAUGCUUCUGUUUUGGAUGGAACCUGGAGAGAUGUUAGGUCUUGAUCAGAAACUGACUGGCAUCCUUGUAUGGCCUCUAACCGUAGAGAGUCCAUGUGGAUGACAUCACAAUGGUAUCCAGGCUAGGCAUCCUCGCACGUAAUGAUAUUAUUAGAAUUAGGUACACUGUAGCUGUAGCAGCCCCAUGGUGGAAUGGCUUUGAGUCAGAAGCUUAACUUUUUGGUUCACCUGUCUUUGAUACUUGCACCACAAUGAGUAGCUUUAAGUCGUUCAUUAUUGCUUUUUCUAUGAAUUAACGAUGCUUAUAUUAAAGUGACAGCGUGAGAGGAGGAGUAUGACUUGUGUAAAGUGAAUCGACUGAGACGUGUGAGCUUUUAUUCUAAAUGCGAUGACAAAUAAUUGAUACGUACAUUUUUUCAUAUAUGCCACUGUUGUGCAGUGUGCGAAUACCAUGACAUACAACCAAUACUGCAACUUGUAUAUUUUUAAGAAUUUGAGAUUGAUUAUGAAUAAUUAAUUCAUGCAGAAUGGAUAUUCUGCUCAGAGUAGUAGUGUAAUUAACAUGUACUUCUCUCAGAUCAUUUAUGUGUAUCGACACGUUUCUUUCUCUAUUUGCAUAUCAUGCCUAUUUCGUGUUGUAUAUAUCCCUGUUCGGGAUAGCAUAAUCAGCAAUGUGAUGGAGUUACGGCAAACGAUGAGAAUAUUUGACAGUUUUUUUAUGACUAUGAUGAUGUGCAAUACCUAGUGUGAUGUGUGUACAUUAGAAUGCUCUGCACAGCACAAUGAGUAUCUACUGCCCGUUUCAAAGUAAAAAUUUGAAGAGGAAAAGGAAAAUGAUCCAAGUUUCAGCCCUGAAAACUCUGAUAAAGUCCACAGAGGAGAUGGAACAACCUUUUGUCUAUUCCAUGCAUUAUUCAAGAUGAAAUGGUGUGUAGUUGGACCCUUGACUUGGAGAAGAGGAGAUUGGAUUUGAAUUCUGUCUCUCCCUUUUUCAUAACAACACCUCCAUGACCUGGGUCAAGGGUCAAACUGAGUUCAAAUGUCAAUAGGUCAGAUUUACACAAGACAAAGAGUGUAUAAGGCUGGCAGAAGAAAACAAACAAACUUUCUCUUGGUCAAAUUUUAAACUUGGAUCAUUUUCUGGUAUCUUUCUUUUUUUAUGACACAGACUUUAUAAUCACAGUAAUAUGAUAAAAACAAUCGAUGAAAGAUUGAAACUGAAGAAGAAAAAAAAUGAAGACAUUUGUGUGUGCUCACUGUCAGUUUAUUUGAAAGAAAUUGACAAAAAAUUACCUUUUAUUUUCUGUACAAUGUCACUGUCUUACUUUGUGUAUUCAUGUUUAACACACUGAUGCAAUUACACUAAAACGUUUGUAUAGAAAGCAGCCAGAGUUUUUUUAAUAUUCAUAUAACUCAUGUAAAAAAAAAUAUAAAGUUUUGAAGCGCUAUCUCGCUGUGCUCAAGUGUUUGGUCUUAAAAGAACUUGUCACAAUAGCUCCUUUUUGCCUUGCGAAUCCUCAUUUCUUAUUUUAUGAAGAAUGAGCAGGGCAGUCUGUGCUUAUUGUCUGUUCUCUUUGUCUGUUUUGGAUCAAUAUUUGAGAGAAACAGCUUUUAUUUUGUUCUUGAAAUUCAAAAGAAUGUCAUAAACACUGUGUGGCUGCAAAUUGUAUAUAAUUGAAUGCAAAUUGCAUUUCUAUAUUAAAAAACAGGGUCUUUACAUUUAGAAAAAAGAGAGAAACUAGCUGAAGAUUAUUGAAUAAUUUUAACCAAAUUGUGCAGAAUGACAUGAUGGAAAAAGGAUUCACAAGUUAUUUUACUAGAUGAUCAACAAUAUAUAGAUACUAGCACUGUGUCACUUUGUGAUUAAGAUUUGAAGUUUGAGAUUUCCUUUGUACGGGAAUAUAUAAUGCAUUAUUUGUUUGUAAAUAUCCAAAUUACGAUGUCUACUGAACUUAAAGAGUAUAGGACGCUGACUAACCUGUUUUCUGAAAUUUCACCAUAAAGCAAAUUUACCCAAAAUUUCAUUUGAAAACAUCCUUGAUCAUCAUUUAUUUAAUCCCUUCUGCUUAGGACAUGAUCUGAUUUAAUGUCCUUUUGCUUUUCAAGAGGUAGGAUAGCAUCAAAGCAUUCCUGUCCUCAUAAUUUAAAUAGCUUUUCUGUUCAGUGACAGAUCAUAAAAUAAAUCAGCUUGGCAAGAGAGAAACAAACCAUCACCUACCUUACCUGCCCCUUGUUUUCCAAUAUCAUUUAUCUCAUAAGUAUCUCCAAGAAAGUCUAAUUGAAGAAGUCUGUUUGGCUUUCUAAGCUUUUCCGUCUUCUUUCUACAACCACCCUUGAUUACAGGUCUAGACACGUCUUACGCUUUUCAAGAAUUUUUGAAGAAUUUUUCUGAACCGGAGCAACCACUGUUGACUCCUGACGAGACAAAAAAGUACAAGGAAACUGAAAAGAACACGAGACAGGACAGGUGUAUCAUAUUUGGACUCACAAAUGAUUUUAGAUCAGACCUUUACGUUCUCGACCACUGGCGUACUGCCAGUGACUAACUUUGUAUUUUAUGGAAAUUUAAAAGUGCACGUCUUUGGAGAAGCGUGCUGUAAGGAUCGCUGAGGUCUCUUUUGAAGACAAAUUUGAGAUUAAGCUAAUGAACAUUGUAUUUAUCUCUCGCUUUCUUGCUUUCAGUGAGGAGCACUUCUUGUUUUUCUCUGGAUAUCAAGUACCUUUCUUGCUUUGUAUUUUGUUCUGGUAAAGCAUUUCUUAAACUGCAGAUGGAGGUUUCUAUAAUUGUGUUCAUAACAUUAAUCUUUAUCAAAUACAUCUAUUGUAUAAGAUGUAUAGCCAUGGAAUUGUAACAUCCCUUUUUCCCCCUUGUGAGAAUAUCAUGUUCUUGGCUUCUCCAACUUGAGCUCAUUAAAUCUUACUUUAUUGACCUUAAAAAGUGCAAGUGAUACACAUGUGAAGUACCCCUUCUCCCAAAUUUGUUGAGAGUUGUUAAGUAUUUGGAGGAAAAUCAUUCUAUGAAUUUUUUUUACCAGUUUUCAAAUCCCUGUAUCCUUUUAAUGAAAGUUGAAAGAAAUGUGUGCAUUUAAAACAUUAGUAUGAUGUCUUCUGUUAGGUGUUAAUUUAAGCAUAUAACAGCCAUGUCCUGUUUUGGCUUGACCUUUUGCAUAACUCAUCAUAAUUAAAAACGACCAGUGUAAGAGAUAAAUCAGUUACAAAGUUAAUCGUAUGCAUUUGAAGUGAACCUUCAAUUCAGAUGGAUAUUUUGUUGUUGUAACUUGAUCAGUCAUAUUGAAAACAGGGUCCACAUAUCUGAAGGGGGUUAUUUGGACCACCAAACUGAUUUGAAAAAGACGAAUAAUUGCUGAAAACCCUAUUCACUAAAUUGCACACAUGGGACACCUUUUCUCUUAAAUAGUUGACUAUCACCAUAUCUUGUUAAAAAUCAAUCAAAUCAUGUUUCAGGCAUCAAUUAUUUUGUAGUCAGUAACAUUCAGUGAAUGUGUCCUUGGAUUCGCUUAGUAUUUCAUGUCCAUGAUCUUUCACCCUGAGCCUUCAAGUUUAAACAGCCUUUCCUCAUAAUUUGAAUGUUAAAUGAUCUCUCAGCCAAAAUGUUAAUCUUCAGUUCAUGCAGAUCACUUGGUGUUGAGUUGAUCUGUUGGUUUACAUCAGCCAUUUAGCUGUUAUUCGGUAUAAACCAAAAUGUCCUUUUGUAUUGCGAAGCACUUCUCUUUGUCGACUUUUCACAAUGCUGUGAAUUUUGUCUUCAGUAACAUGAAAUAACCUCUGUCUGCAGUUAGAGUUAUGUACCUUCUAUGCCACUCCUCCAAUUCAUCUAGUAUCCUUGCUCCAGCCUCCAGGAAUUUGAUCCUCUUAUCAUCAGUUACUAUGCCUGAUUGAGACAGCCUGUCAAAAAAUCUUGAAAUUCUCUUUCAUUGACAUUGCUAAGCUCUGUCAAAUUUUACAAGAUAAGUCACAAUGCACAGAGCUCUCUAUGCGGUAUGUUAGGAAAAUCCUACUUUGGGUUGGAGGAAGACUACUAGAUGAAUACAAAAAGUGGCAUGGUUGUAAUAGGCCAUGUAUAAUACAUAUACUUAUCUUAAUUUGCCGUAGUGACAUAUAUCUCUGAUGAUUUUCAGAAUGAUCUCUGCACAAUUAAUUGUGAAAAAUCCUUCAUCACUUGUUGAAGACGAUGAAAAAAUUGCAGCACUUUUGCCACGUACAUCACUGUAUUUGGUACAUACUGGUAGAUCUUAGUGUAAGGAACAUGUAUCGUGUAUUUUUUUUAAUCAUAUAUAAAUAUAUAUAAAUAUAUAUAUAUACAUAUAUAUAUAUAUGUAUAUAUAUAUAAAAGUCACAUUCUUAUAUAUACAUGUAUUAAUCUCACUGUUGGCAUUGAGCUGAAAGUAGUACAUAUCUACCUUUUAAUCUUAGGCCAGAGUUUGAAAUGGAGCUUUGUAUAUAAUCUAUUUUCUACAGUCAUUUGAAUUUAGCUUGGAAUAGUGUGUGCUCACGUUCUCUUCAAAACAAUAUUUUAUUUCUGUUAUUUAUUGAUCUCAAACAAUGGUAUCGGUGUAAUUAUCUUUUUAGUUUAUAUCGUUUAAUCAAGAUUGCAUCUCUAUUUAUGUCAAUUUUUGUUCAUUUCAUACUACCCAUAUUGGAAAUUAUGCUUUAAUUGACUAUUCUAAGUAGGAAACACUUCUAUUUACGAGUCCCUCUUCACAGUGCAUCAUUUAGAUGCCAUAAUUUGUAGCAAUUUGUUGUGUCAAUGAGCGUAUGCAUUAUUGGAUAGUGCAGUAAGAAUGGAUUAAUUUGUUAUUGUGUGUAUAAUUUUAUUUCAGAAUUGUAAGAGUAACUAUUUUAUUGAAAUUGACCUAUGACCUCUUGUUUUUGAUGAACAAAACUUUCUUUUUGUUGCUGCCUAUAUUUAGAGUAGGAUAAGAAGUUUUUUGAAGCAGAUAUUGUUGCUCUGUGAAGACAUCAUCAUAUGAUUGAUGCUUAGGGUUAAUUAAGUUCGUUGAUUGGACGAGAGAACAAGAGAUGCUUGAUGCUUAAUAUAUAAAUAUAUACAUAUAUAUAUAUAUAUAUAUAUAUAUAUCAUACCAUAUAGAUCCUAGGGCUGGUCCCGCAAAUUUGUUUGUUGUAAGAACUAUCUUACUUUCGUCACCAUUGAGUAAGGGAACAAAUAAGAACCCUCAUGGUGCAAAAUAUUGUUUCUUGAGAAAACGGAAGACGUUUGUGAUUUAUAUAUACACCAGUAUUAUCUUUAAAUCGUUUUUUCAAGCUUGCUCUGUAGCGGGCUGCACCGACAAACAGCUCAAAGUACCCUUUUCCCAACACUUCUUUAUUGACACAUUUGCAAGCUUAGAUUUUACUCAUCACUGAAGCAAGAUGUGAUUUUUAGUAGAUUUAUUCAAAAUUGUAAUUUAACACUUCAUAUUCUACACUUUUGCAAGCCUAGAUUUGACUCAUUGCCGAUGCAAUAUGUGUACUUUCUUGUUAAUUCAUUAGAAAUUUAUCAUUCUUAGUGAUCUUAGCUUGUAAUAAGAAUCUUUCCUGUAGAACACCACAGACACUGCUUAACACAAUACGCUGCCAUAGCAACACUAAGCCAUUUAAGCCUUUACAAAAACUUGCUGCCUAUUAAAAGCUUAUUAAAAUGUAAUUGUUCCAAACUGCACGUAUUCUGUAGAGGGUCAAUCAAAAGAGUUCUGUAGAGAUAUAUUGUCAAUUGUUUCAAGUACUUUAAUGAAUUUAUAAGAAAAUCUAAAGAAUAUAUUGAGGACAUUUUAGGUUUUAUUCUUUCAAUUUGCUUUAAAUUUUGUUCAAUAAGGUUGUGAUAAUCAAAACAUUUUAUAUGAUAUUUUGUGUUUUUCCCAAUAUAAAUCUCAAUUCUCACAGAAUAUCAUAAGUCAAUCCAAUUAGAUCAGUCCUGCCGUAUAUUGUUGCUAAGAUUGUUAUAAACCAAUGGUUCAGGGAAAAUUACAGUUAUAGGAACUAUGAAGUAACACAAAUCAAAAACAUAUAUUUAUGGUAUGGAUAAUGAUAUGUGAUAAUAUAAAAACAAAUAUUUAAUUAAGGUCAGAUGUAAGUUACAUUAGACAAAUUUGAGAGCAGUUCUUUUUCAAAACUCAUUUAUAUUUUUGUAGUAAUCAUUAAUUGAUACAAAUAAUGAUGACAUUACUUUGCAAUAUUUCUCCCCCCAAAAUUAUGUCAUAUGUGGAGCCCUUCUACUUUUCUAUUCUCCUGUCAGGAACUCCGUAGUACAAGUAUAGUUUUCUUUAGUUUGAUGUACAAUAAGCUUAGUAGAGAAACGUAAAUGGCACAAGAACAAAUUAUUAUUCACAAUUGCAGGAAAAAAAUUAACACAAAAACUUUAUUGUCUUAUCGAGUGUAACAAAAGAAUUAUUGGUCCGAAAAAGCACCUUACAAGUUCUAAAUUAAUGUCUAUAUAACUUUUAAAAUUUAUAGAAUUUCUUUAUUCUUUGAAUCAUGUCAUCAUUUUGCAAAUUGAUUUCAUUUCGGAAGCACUUUGGGUUUAGAUUUAAUGUUUAUAUAAUUGUCUGGUACGUGAAAAGAAAGUAAAAGAACUAAUUAACCUUCAAAUUAUUUCACAUGUGUGUGUUUGAGUGUGUGCAUUGUAUUAAAUAAUCCAAUCUUGAUUUAUACUAAUUAUUAUCUUGGUGGAUCACACAAUUAUCUAAUACUAUAUCCUUUAACUAUUUCUAAACCAGGAAAACUUUUGAAUUAAUUUAUAAACAUAACCCAUUUUAGUUAGGCUCAACUCAUAUUUUUUGGACACUCUUACAUUCAGAUGGUUAAUGUUCCAAAAAGUGGAAUAGGUAAAUUGUUUUGCAAUUGUUGCCUUUGCGUGUUUAAUUUCUUUUACUCCCCCCGUUUUUUUAAUGUUUCAAAUUUUCUUUCACUUGUCCGAAUAUUUGUAUUCAAAGAUUCAAAGUCUCUGUUUAUUAUAGCAAGCACCAGUGAUUUGUUGUUCACAGUGAAAUCAUUUCCCAAUAUACAAGGUUUGAUACUAAUUACAUAGAAUAUAUUCCAUGGUUAUCAAAGGUCUGUUGGUUAUCUCAGUCCAAUACUGCGUUUCUACGGAUAUCUUAUCCUGCAGUUGUAUUGAAGGUGUUCUUGAAUAACUUUAAAAUAGGCCGAUUAUCAAAAAGCAUGCAGAGGGGUUUCUGAAAAGCAUAAAUUUUGAUAACUGAUCAAUAAAAGAGGCAUGAAUUUAUAAGGACUUUUAUUUGGUAUUGGCUUUCAAUUGGUAAGUAAGUAAACAAGUCUCUCGAUUCGACAAUAUCAUUCCAAAUUGGCAGUCAUAAUUAUUUUUGAAGCAUGGGUAUACACAUUCAUGUAUUACAAGUAUAUCACCAUUUUAACACGUGUAUAACAUUUGAAUAAACGUCCCCAUACAUUUCUUUAAAAUGAAGUUGUCUUAUAUUCCCUUUACAAUGUAAUGUUUUUAAGUGUGGGCAAGUGUUGAUUUCAUUUAUGUUUAUUGUGAUAGCAUGUCUAUUGUUCAUGUAAUUAGAUCAAUUAGUAGAAUGUACCCACACAAAUGGAACAACCAAUAGUUCUUUUUUUUAAUCCUCGGUGUAUAACUUGUACAUAAUUGUUCUAGAGAAAGAGCAUUAUGAUCAUUUAUAUGAUCUCUGUAUCUUUCUCUCUUUCCUGCACUUUUGACACUCACCAGUGCAAGGCAAGCUGACUGCUAUAAAGUAUACCACACAUGUUUAAUGACAUAACAGAUUAAAAAAAUAUGUAAAAGCA